UGUAACUUUUUUGGUGCACGCUGGUAUGGGACGAGGAAAGUUUUGUGCACGGGACUGUUGGAAUGCGGAAGCGGGUUGGUUCAAAUUCAAAAAAACAGGCUACCCCCCCACACACAUACACGCAUCCCUCGGGCACGCCAUCUGGGCGGCUGCACCACGCCACGGAGGGCCGCGCAACAGGCAAACAAACGCUUGACCACGCAACUACUGUCCAGUACGUCACACGAACCAGCAUGGCACUCAACCUAGAGGUAACCAACAGAGCGCCGGCACUGCCAGUAGAACUCACGAAUGACCUCAUGGAUUCCUUUGGGAUCUUCUGCGCUACGUAUAGAGGUACACCACUCGGCCAGCAGUCCCAGAAAGCCCUGCAGUGCUUCCCUAUAGCAUGGGCUUGUCUCGCCGUCAAGGAGGCGGAGAAGAAAAGCAAAGAAGUUCGUGACAGAGACGUGUCGAGGUGCUACCAGGAAAUCGCGCUUCCUGGCUGGAUAAAGUUGUGCCACCGAGCUAUCGCGGAGUCCGCGGAGUCCGACAACCCGCUGCGCUUCCCGGCCGGGUGGGAGACUAAGCUCUAGACUACUUCACCACGCUCGGAGCCGGGAGAGCUAAGAGGGGGGCGCCCCCCUCGGCGCCCCCGAAGACGUUCAUGCAAAGUCCCGGGACGGCUUGGGGUAGGUUCACGACCAUCAAGAAGGAGUUUACCAAGGGCCCUUCGCUCUGGUUCAGCAAGAACGAGGUGCAGGACGUGGACCUGCCUUCCGGUGAAACCGAGCAACGAGUCAUGGACGACUUUCAUCUCGCCAUGUACAUGGAGUCCAUGGGCGUGAAGGCGCCUUCUAAGCCUGAUUGGCAAAAGGUCGAGUAUUUUGCCGCGCGGGCUGGGAGCAGCGGGCGGGGCGGACCGGGGGCGGGAGCGGGGGGCGCGGCUCCGGCUUCUGGGGAUGGGACCGGAGCGGGGGCGGAAGGCGCGUCUCCGGUUUCUGGCGCUGGGACCCGAGAGAGGCAGUUGACUCCGGCAGCUGGCGCCGCCCUCCGUCAAGCGCGUGCUGGUACGCAGGGGGCGGCGACGGCCGCCGAUGAUGGUGCGCCGGUGACGACGGGGGACACGGUCAUGGACCUGGCCGCCAUCGCCGUUGCCAACGCGCGGCGCGAGAGGGAAGAGCGUCCGGCGUCCAAGCCGGGAGAGGACCUCCAAGAGGAGGUGGAGGUGCCGAGUCACUACUGCUACCCGUAUAUCCUCAUGGCGGGGGCGUGGGGGCGAAGCGACAGGUGCCCCGCCGAAUGGAAGUACCUCGAGCUCUCCGACGGCCCCCCGACCCGAUCCAAGAACGAAAAGGGGGACGCGGUCGUACACGAGGACUCCACCGUCGCGAGCAAGCCGGCUCUGGAUCGAGCCUGUCCGAACGGUGACCCCGUGAGCCGUCGCAAAGCGGCGGCGUUCAGAGCGGAGCAGGAGAAGAAGGCAGCCCGAGCAGAGGCUGACAAGGCGAAUGCGAAGAGAGCGUCAGAGGAGGUCGAGAACAAGCGGAAAAGGCUGCAAGUCCUCACGGCCGCUACCGAGGGAAUGACGGGCGUCGCCACAAGCCUCGCCAAGCUGGCGGCGAUCAAGGAAGCGGAGCAGGAGAGCAAUAAGCGCCAAAAGGAAGCGGAGCAGGAGAGCAAAAAGCGCCAAAAGAAUAUCGAUGCCCUGAAAACCAAGCUACGUUUAGGGUUAGGAGACGAGGCUACAAUCAAACAGACCCUCUUGAAACUGCUCGACGAGGAUUGUUAGGUGUGCCAAGAUAGCGUAAAAAAUAGUGGCUGGCGUCUCUAUCGCGCCUCCAGAAAUGUGGUAUCUAUUGCAACCGGUGGGGAUACAGGUUCAACCGUCUAGUUCAGGGCAGGGGGUAGGGCUGUCAUUUUCCGCAUCCGAUUUUACUUCGAGUCGCUUUGGUUUUGUACCUGAAAACACGAUCGAGGAAAACAGGGGGGGGGGGAUCGAUUCAUUUUGACACUGGUAGAGGAGCAUCUUUUUUUCUUGUGAUGCUUUGGUUUUCAACCUGAAAACACGUCCGAGGGAAGGGGCAGACGGUGAUUCAUUUUGGCACCAGGAAACGAAUAUUUUGUUUCUUGGGAUUCUUUGGUUUUCAGAUUGGAAACACGACGGAGGGCAGGGG